UCGUAUUGAUCAGGUCUCUCGCUUGGGUGCUCUCUGCUUUUUAUUGUCCCCUCUCGCACGCCGCCGUCCUUCCUCGCUUCUAUCGCCCGCCAACCCACGGCGAGAUAGCAAAGGAGACGAGGAAUAGGUUUGGCUGGGAAGUACUCGCGCUGAUUUCGGAUCCGCCAGUUUGAUUUUUCGGCUUGAAUAAUGUAGAUUUGGUAAAAAGUUAUAAAUAAAUUCUACAUUAUCUCCUGCAUCCUGUCCCUAAUUGUAAGAGGCCAAGAGAGAUAGAUUUGGAAGUCGCAAUAUUCUGAACCACAACACGAAUUCCAGGUUCUGCUGUGAUAGCAAUGGCGGAUAAGAGAUUGCAAGCGGUCGAGAAGAUCAGCGGCGGGUUCCUUCAACCUUUCCCAGAACUGGGCUUCUCAUGGAAUAUCCAACCUUUCCAUGAUCUGAGCUUCUCAUGGAAUAUCCAUGAUAGUUCGUAUCCCUCCGGUGGCUUGUUUGCAAGUGUUAGUCAGAUGGGAGUUGGAUUUGGGGUUUCUUCAAAAUGUCCUAAUGUGACAUCUGAGGCAGGUUUUCAGGUUGUUGGGACUCCUGAUGAAGCCACAGAAGAUGUGACCGAUUAUGUUGAAGAAGUUUUGGCUAAAAAGAAGAAAAGUAUACUGAAAGUAAGAAUUAAGGUCAGGAAUCCUCAUUUGAGAAGAUUGCUUAGUGGAGGAAUUGCCGGGGCAGUGUCGCGGACUUGCGUUGCACCCAUGGAAACAAUUAGGACACACCUUAUGGUUGGGAGCAACGGGAAUUCGACGACAGAAGUUUUCCAGAAUAUUAUGAAAACGGAGGGGUGGAAGGGUCUGUUUCGUGGUAAUUUUGUCAAUGUCAUCCGUGUUGCUCCUAGCAAGGCCAUUGAGUUAUUUGCUUUUGAUACUGCUAAGAAGAUUUUGACUCCUAAGGAAGGUGAACAGCCGAAGCUUCUGAUUCCCCCCUCGUUGGUUGCUGGGGCAUUUGCUGGAGUCAGUUCAACCCUAUGCACAUAUCCUUUGGAGCUACUGAAGACACGACUAACCAUACAGAGAGGUGUGUAUGACAAUCUUGUACAUGCAUUUGUGAAAAUCAUACAAGAGGAAGGCCCUGCAGAGCUCUUCAGAGGUCUCACCCCAAGCCUCAUAGGAGUCGUGCCGUAUGCCGCUGCUAAUUACUAUGCUUAUGACUCCUUAAAGAAACUAUACAAGAAAGCCUUCAGAAAAGAUGAAAUAGGAAAUGUUGCCACACUUUUGAUUGGUUCCGCCGCUGGUGCUAUCUCAAGCAGUGCAACUUUCCCUCUCGAAGUUGCAAGGAAGCAUAUGCAGGUCGGAGCUGUCGGCGGUAGGCAGGUCUACAAGAAUAUGCUUCACGCUCUUUUGAGCAUACUGGAACAGGAAGGGAUCGGGGGACUUUAUAAAGGCUUGGGACCGAGCUGCACGAAGUUGGUACCGGCCGCCGGGAUCUCAUUUAUGUGUUACGAGGCUUGCAAGAAAAUCUUAAUCGAUCAGGAGGAUGCAUAACUUGCAUUCUCCCAGCAAACAUGAGGACACUGAAAUGUGGGGGUUUAGGCUUUUAGUUGCAGUUUUUUGGUUCAACAGAUUUUAGCUCAAACUGAAGCUGUUUGAGACUCGGAUACAAUACAUGAGGCAAUACUCUUUUUCCCCUUACAAAUUAUCUUUACCUUUGUGAUCCAUUGAAUGGGAUCAGAUCUUAUGGUCUGCAAAAUAAAAAUUGUUGCAAACAAGUUUGACUAGUUUCUUAUCAUUUUCGAGUUGUUUUAUAUGAUGAAAAGAAUUCCGAGAUCAUUUUAGUCAA